AUGGUACAAAAUACAUUGACACCGCAGUUGAUUAUUCCUCUAAGAGAUACAAGUAACAAUUCAAAACCGAGCAAAUGGCCAAAAAACACGCUAGUUGUGAUACCGACCAUAUGGAAAGAAAUCGAUUGGGCUAAUCGAUCAAGUUGGCCAGCAUGGCUUCGUAAUGGACUUAGCUGGUCUAAUUUAACUACUAGACGUUCGUAUCAUAUUCAUCUGUAUCAACGCAUUGAUCCGAAUUCGACAUAUCCCUUUGAUUGGCCGUAUUGUGUCAAUAUUCACGAAGAGACUGGAACCAUUCUCCAAUUCAUUCGUGAUCACUAUUUUGAUCUACCAGAUAAAAUGUUGUUUAUGCACGGCAAACCCUAUGCUCACACAAGUCAUAAUCCUGUUCAAUCAGCACUAUGUAUUCGUGAUGAUGUUCAUUUUGCAAGUAUAAACGAUGAAAGAGAAUGGAUUCAUAAGCGACCAUGGACAUAUUGGCCUCGCGACCCCGAUGAUAAUAUUGCGAUGAUGUACAAAUGUGCUAAUCGUAUGUUGAUUUUAUUUGGUUAUGAUGGCGAAUCACAGUUAAAUCCGACACAAAUGAAACCGAAAGAUGAAAAUGUGAUCUCGGCAUUCUGCUGUGCUCAGUUCUAUGUAACGAAAGAACGGAUUCAUCGAUAUAAGUAUGAACAAUGGUUAUCUGUAUAA